GGAGAGGCGGGCGGUGGCGGGGCAGCGGCUGGGCGGCGCGGCGCCGUGCCGCCGGGCGCUGCUGCACUGCCACGGCAUGCGCUACAAGCUGCUGCAGGAGGGCGACAUCCAGGUGUGCGUCAUCCGCCACCCGCGCACCUUCCUCAGCAAGAUCCUCACCGCCAAGUUCCUCCGGCGCUGGGAGCCGCACCACCUGGCCCUGGCCGACGCCGGCCUCGCCUCGGCCACGCCAACUGGCUACAUGGAAAACUCCAUUUCCUAUAGUGCUAUUGAAGACGUGCAGCUGCUUUCCUGGGAGAAUGCCCCCAAGUACUGUUUACAGCUCACAGUCCCUGGGGGUACUGUCUUACUGCAGGCUGCAAACAGUUACCUGAGGGAUCAGUGGUUUCAUUCUUUGCAGUGGAAGAAAAAGAUUUACAAGUACAAGAAGGUGCUUAGCAACCCAAGCCGUUGGGAGGUUGUUCUGAAGGAGAUCAGGACGCUGGUGGACAUGGCACUCACAUCUCCACUACAGGAUGAUUCUAUCCAUCAAGCACCACUGGAGAUUGUCUCAAAACUGCUCUCGGAGAACAACAGUUUAACCACUCAAGACCACGAGAGCAUUAUUGUGGCAAUUGCACCUUUGCUGGAAAAUAAUCAUCCUCCACCUGACCUCUGUGAAUUCUUCUGCAAGCACUGCAGGGAGCGUCCUCGGUCCAUGGUUGUCAUUGAAGUCUUCACACCGGUGGUACAGAGGAUCCUCAAACACAACAUGGCAUGUUUCAGCGGCUUCACUGAGUCUCUCCUUUUUGGACAGGAUUUUGGGAAAUGCCCUCGAUUGAGGCUGUUUACUCAGGAAUAUAUUUUGGCUUUGAAUGAACUGAAUGCAGGCAUGGAAGUGGUGAAGAAGUUUAUUCACAGCAUGCAUGGUCCCACUGGACAGUGUCCCCAUCCUAGGGUCCUGCCGAAUCUCGUUGCUGUCUGCUUAGCAGCCAUUUAUUCAUGUUAUGAGGAAUUUAUCAACAGCCGAGACAAUUCUCCAAGCCUGAAGGAAAUUCGGAAUGGCUGCCAGCAGCAGUGUGACCGGAAGCCUAACUUACCCCUGCGGCUUCUCCACACGAGUCCUGACCUGGUCUCUCAAGAAGUCGCUUUGACCGAAUCCCGCCUCAAAUCAGUCAUCGUCACUUCGAACGAGAUCCAUGUGGAAGUGGAGCGCAACAAUACGGCCAACCAGAAGUUGACGGCAAAUGUCGGCAACGACAGUGAGCCCAACCUGAUUGACUGCUUGAUGGUCAGCCCCACUUGUAGUACCAUGAGCAUCGAGCUGAGUGCCCAGGCAGACAGGAUCCUUGGCUGCUAUGUGGAAAUACUCAAGAUGCUGUCAGAUUAUGACGACUGGAGACCAGCGCUGGCCAGUUUGCUUCAACCUAUCCCAUUCCCCAAAGAGGCUCUUGCACAUGAGAAAUUCACAAAGGAGCUGAAAUAUGUGAUUCAGAGAUUUGCAGAAGACCCAAGGCAAGAGGUCCACUCGUGUUUGCUGAGCGUGCGGGCUGGCAAAGAUGGCUGGUUCCAGCUCUACAGUCCUGGGGGCGUGGCCUGCGACGAUGACGGAGAACUGUUUGCCAGUAUGGUUCACAUUUUAAUGGGGUCCUGUUAUAAAACAAAAAAGUUCCUGCUUUCGCUGGCUGAAAACAAACUUGGUCCCUGCAUGCUGCUGGCUCUGAGGGGCAACCAGACCAUGGUAGAGAUUCUUUGUUUGAUGCUGGAAUACAACAUCAUUGACAACAAUGACACACAACUCCAGAUCAUCUCUACCCUGGAAAGUACGGACGUGGGAAAGAGAAUGUAUGAACAGCUGUGUGACAGGCAGAGGGAGUUAAAAGAACUGCAAAGAAAAGGUGGCCCCACGCGGUUAACACUGCCAUCCAAAUCCACAGAUGCAGACCUCGCCCGCCUACUGAGCUCGGGAUCCUUCGGAAAUCUGGAAAACCUCAGCCUGGCCUUUACCAAUGUAACGAGUGCCUGCGCUGAGCACCUCAUCAAACUGCCUUCUCUCAAGCAGCUGAACCUGUGGUCAACUCAGUUUGGAGAUGCAGGUUUGCGGCUUCUCUCUGAACACCUCACCAUGCUGCAAGUGCUCAACCUGUGCGAGACUCCCGUCACAGAUGCCGGGCUGCUGGCACUUAGUUCUAUGAAAAGCCUGUGUAGUCUAAAUAUGAACAGCACCAAGCUUUCAGCAGACACUUAUGAAGAUCUCAAGGCUAAAUUACCCAACCUGAAAGAAGUAGAUGUUCGCUACACUGAAGCAUGGUGAACUCUCUCUGUCUCUCUCUGUCUCUCUCUUUUAGCAUCUGGCAAGAAGAAAAAGAUUUUUAAAACAAAACCAAACCCCAGAAAACACCUUUUGGCUGUAGAGCAGUGAGUUCUGGGACUUCGAUUCUAGGAGUUGUGGUUGUGAGAUAGAGGAGUCGCUUUGUGUGGGGGAGGGGGAACUGAGCGCGCCCAGACCCUGCCUGAUUCUUUCAGCUUCAUAAUUUCAAAAUCAACGUAACUUAAAUUGAAAAAACAAAAAAGACUUUGUAGCAGCAAGAGGAAAAACACCCUUUGUGGAUUUACUUUGCUAUUGUGUUUUACAACAUGUGGAGAAAAAACAAAGAACACAGCCAUUUCUUGAUAUUAAUUGGGUUUCUUUGCCUGGGGGUUGUCCAUUAGGAGCUCCAUCUCCAUCAUUUUGGCUCCAGGAAAGCCAACCGCAAAGUACCAAGAGAAGAAAAAACAAAACCCCACAUGAGUUGCACCUCUCCCGGUGUCCUUGCAGUUGUUAUGCAAAGUAAUUUUGUUGUACAUAAGAUUUACAUAAUGCACCUAUUUAAGAAAAUGGUUCACAAAUUACAGGUCUGGGACCUGUCUUUUAUUUAUGAAUUGUUAAUUCUUUUACCCUUUUUUGCGUAUAGUACUGUAUAAACUAGUUUGCUGUCUUGUUGUUGUUGUUAUUAUUUUUUAAAAGGAAAGCCCUCCUUGAUGAAUUGCCUUUUAGUAAUGCAUACUGUAUUAUAACCUCUCUCUGUCGGAGCAUUCACCCUGUUGCAUUUCUGAUUUCAAAAUGCCUCAGACAUCAUCUAGUCAGACGGAAAAAAAAUACAUGUAUAAAAGAGGGCAUAGGGAGCUGGGGUGGGAGAGGCAAAGAGAUGCCUACAAAGCAUAAAUCUCCUUCUGGAAAGACAGAAAUCUUUCUCUAGUUCUUUUUAGAUCCUGUCAGGUGUAGGGGUUUGGGAGGUAGGGAACCCGGAUUGUUUGUUUUACCAAUGGGAUAUUUACAAAACUUUGUAGAUUUCACGAGUCGCCUCAGUUGUUUUCUGUUUACGUCCAAUAUUUCAAGCUCAAGUUCUCCUGCCCCCCGGUCCACAAGCCUAUUCUUUUCCCCUCUCCCGCCCUCUUCCCUUCCCUUUUUCAUCAUGCACGCAUUGUUUUGCAUGUUCCCCUUGGGAGACUGAGAAAAUAACAUUGUCCCUGAUUUGAUAGUUCUGCCAUAUCUGUAAAUGUGACCACUACUUAUUUCCAAACCCUUCUUCACAAUUGCUUAGAAAAUGAUUUUUUUUUAAUUGUGGUUUGUUUUAUAAAUAUACUGUUGGAUUUGUUUUUCAUAAUGAGCCUUUGUACAGAGCGGCAUCUUUUUUUGGUUAAUUUUCUCUCUUGGCUUAUCACCAUUCUUUUAUUCUUCAGCACCUCAAGAUUAACAUACAGCCAAUAUAAUUUUUUUUAUAUAUGAAUAUAUAUAUAUUUAAUCUUAUUCAGUGGAAGCCAAGCUUUUUUGUUUUGUUUUUGUUUGAGGUUUUUGUUUUUUACUUUGUUGCUAGUAGAUAGCCCCUGCCCAAAAUUAAAAAAAAACAAAACAAAAUGAAACAAUUGGUUUAAGUCUUAACUCUCAUAGUGUGCCAGAUUUUUUUCCCCUCAAGUCCCAAACUGUAUGAAAAUACAGUGCAAGAAGAAAAAAGAAGAAAAAUUAUGCCAACUUUUUUCCUUAGCACUAUUGCUUUUACCGAUGGUUUACUACUCCUGUUCUGUAACUGUGUACAAAGAGAUGUGAAAUAAUUUCAGGCAAAAAUAAACUGUAAGUGAAUAUCUUU